AAUGGUUAAAUGGUAAACGAGUAAAAUGGCUGGGUCAAUAUUAAACAGCUUGAGUGUUUUGAUACUUAAUUAAUAUAUAUUUAUAAUUUUGCUGUUAUAUUUUAUGUGGCAAAAUGCAAAUUUUGUGCUGUCAAAUAUAACUAAUAGUUAAGAAAAUACUAAAGGCUUUGAUUGUUUAGAGAAGAAGCGAUUAGUGGAAGAAUUUAUAGAAGAAGAAACAAGAAAUAAUUAUAGUGAGGAGGAAGAUAUGAAUAAAGAGGAGACAAAAGAAUUUGAUCCUAGUGAAUGGAGUUUAAGUAGGUUUGAAAUGGGUCGUUAUUUAGGUAAUGGGAAAUUUGGACAUGUAUAUUUGGCGAGGUAUUCAUUUUUUGUUUAUAUCAAAUUAGGGAGCGUGAGAGCAAAUUCAUAGUAGCUUUGAAAGUUAUUAGUAAGAGACAAUUAAAUUUAUGUUAAUUAACAGAUUCAUUAACUAGAGAAGUGGAAAUUCUUAGUCAUUUAAGGCAUCCAAAUAUAAUAGGAUUUUAUGGUUUUUUUUAGACUUAAAAAAGAGUAUAUUUAAUGUUGGAAUGGGCACCUCUAGGUGAUCUUUAUGGAUUAAUGAAGAAAUAGACUAAUAGAAGAUUUAGUGAAGAAAUGGCAUCAAAGAUUAUUUAGUAAAUCACAAUGGCAAUUGGAUACAUGCAUUAAAUGAAUGUAAUUCAUAGAGAUUUGAAACCAGAAAACAUUCUCUGUUUUCAUAAUAACAUCUUUAAGAUAGCUGAUUUUGGAUGGAGUGUACAUACUCCAUCUAAUAGAAGGAAGACGUUAUGUGGUACUCUAGAUUAUUUAUGUCCUGAAAUGAUCAAUUACUAAUUUCAUGAUAAUCGAGUGGAUGUAUGGACUAUUGGUGUAUUGGCUUAUGAAUUAGUUGUAGGUAGGUAUAUUGUUUAAAAAUCAUUAUUUAGGCAGACCUCCAUUUGAAUCUCAUAAUGAAUAAGAUAUAAAAAAGGAGAUUAUGAAUUUGAUAUUCUAAUUUCCUAAUUGGUGUAGUAAAGAUUUUUAAAAUUUUGUGAAAGGAAUUCUCUAGCAUGAUUGCAACAAGAGACCUUCAAUCAUAUAAAUAUUAAAUCAUCCUUGGAUCACAAAAUGACUUUAAUUUAUAAAUUAAUAUAUAUAUAUUUAUUAAUUAUAAUGGUACUAUUCUAAAAUAUUAUUCAUAGAUCAGAUUCAUCUUACUUUAAAAUAGAUAAGGAAAAACCAGAUUAUCAAAGUGGUAUGUAUAUUAUGAUGAUGCUGAAAAAGUCAAACUGUAAAAUGAAGUCCAUAGAUUAAUAGUAUGCAGAGAUACUAAACACACUAAUUUCCUUGAAGUACACUUCUUUAUUCAUUACUAUAGUUCAGAAAUUACAAGAUUAUUUAUAAACGUUAUGCAGGCUUAUUUUUUGCUUUGUGUGUUGAUGUUUCAGACAAUGAGCUCACAAUGCUUGAAUUAAUACAUUUAUAUGUUGAAGUUUUAGAUAAAUACUUUGGAAAUGUCUGUGAAUUAGAUAUUGUCUUUAAUUUUAAUAAAGUAAUAAAAAUAAUCAUAAUUUCAGGCAUAUUCAAUCUUUGAUGAGAUGAUUGUUGGUGGAGAGAUUAUUGAAACAUCAAAAUAAGUUAUAAUUAAUGCUGUCAAGAAUAUUGAAUUAUUAGAUUGA